AUGGAGAAAUCUACGAGCAAAGCUGUUCAAAAUAAAACCGACACAUUGGCAUCCAUCAUUUCACAUGACGAAUCGCCAAGAAAGUGCAAUUUGUCUUUUUCAAUUAAUUUUGACUUUGACGACGCUAAUAGCGAUAACUCUACAGACUCCGAGAAUGCUGACUUACAAAUAGACAUAUCUGAAGUGGACAAUAAUGAACCAUCUAGUAAACAUAAAAGAGAAACUGUUGAAGAAAUAUCAGUACUUAAUGAAAUGGAAGAAGAGAUUGAAAGACAACUUGAUGCAAAAGCUGCAAAAACCAAUUUGACUGCUACUAACGUUAAGAACAUAUUGAAACAUGUAAUCACCUAUGAACAUUUAAUGACAAUGGUACAAAAAUGGCUUCAAAACGAUGUUAACUUUGGUCCUAAAUUAACAAGAGCAAAAGCUAAGAAAUUAGCAGAUGCAAAGGUUAUACCAUGGCCUAUUACUAUAGCAAAUAAAACUUCUUCAGAAGUACAGGUUUUGAUUCAGGAAGAAUUACCUGAAGAUUCAUCUGAUGAAGAAUACAAUCCUGAACAUGAUAAACAGAGUGAUGAUGAUAGAGAAAUAGAAAGUACAACAAAUAGUGAUAUAGAAUCACAACCAUCAACACCAACUGAUAUUUUAGAUAUAGCUUCUCCUGAACAACAUGCAUCAUUGCAUGUACAAUAUGAUCCUGAAGGAAUUUUUAAAAUACCAGCUAUUCCACAUGUUUCAACACAAGAGGAAAGUAUUGGUCAAAGGACACGUUCUAAGUUAUCCUUAAGUGAAACUUCUUUAGAGCAAAUAGAGCAAGCAUUUAUACCCCCUGAUAUAACUGCUGAUAUGGAUGAUUGGGGUUUUGAGCCUGAUGAAGAUUGGGAUAAUUUUAAGAAAGAAUUUACACAACCAUUGGCACAAGAACUGGCCAUAGAAGAUGAUCCAGAAGCAGAUCCAGAAUAUAAUAUUUUAGAAGAUGAAACAGAUUUAUUGGACAAGGAAGAACUCAGGACAGAUAAAGCAGUAGAAGUUUCUCGUAAGGAGUCAUAUGAUUUAAUUGCAGAAUUGCUUGAAGAACUAAGCGAUACAUUUGCAACACAACAAGAAGUAUCAACAAAAAAGGAAAUGUUAGAUAAUACCACACCACCUAUUGAAAAUAAUACUAUGAAUUGCUCUACAAAUCUUUUACCAGUUCUUACGGAACCUGAAUUGCCAAAAUUAGUCAAUCCUGCGCAACGUCUUCUAUUGACUACACAAUUUCAACAACAUGUACAAUUAAUGGUACAGCAUUUUGUUAUGACAUAUAUGCAUCCAGAAUAUCAUUCACUGGCAAAAAUGUGUAAGCAGAACUUGUAUAGUUUAAGAUAUUUGAGUAAUGGACCCAAUUCUGCAUUUAAUGCAGAUAAUUUGGAAGAAGCUCUUAAGUUAGUAUCAACUUGGGAAAAUAAAUUUUCAAGCACUAAAUUUUACACAAACUUCAAGAAGAGUUUAAUAGAAAAAAAUGCUAGGACAAGAAUAUAUUGUACAAAUAAUUGGGUGUACAAGUCUCAACAAUUGCAUAAAAAAUUUUUCUCUGAGUUGGAAAAAUUAUUUGUUGAAAGCAAAGCUCUUAUGUAUCCACAACUUCUACCACACAUGCCUUUUAGAAGUAGAUUAAAACAAACAAAAAACAUUAUACCAUAUCUAAAAUCGGAAGAAAAUUUAAUUGCAUUUGGUAUUGAGCAGUUUCUGCCAUAUGUUGCAUCUAAGCCGAGUAAGUUUAAAAACAAGAAAAUGCAAUUAUUCGAUGCAGUUCAGCUUACUCAUCACUAUCUGUUACCAUGCAGAAAUGUACAAGGAAUAUUGUAUCAUAUAUCCAAACGUCGCAUUUCUCAUGAUGAAAAUCCAAUCAAACAUUAUUUCGAAAAAGGUUGUGCUCCCAGAAUAAUACACUGUGUAUCAAUUGUACAAAAGCCGAAAGCUCCGAAAGAUCAACCAAUAGAAUUUUUACCUUUAAGGUGGCGAAUAUAUCUAAAUAAGCAGAGAAAAUCUAAAAAUGAUUCAAUGAAUAGUAAGUAUGUGGUUGACUUAUGUAAAGAUUUAGGUCUAGGAAAACAAGGAAUUUAUAUGAAUGAGACAAUGAAAUCAUAUCCUAUUGUCUCUAAUAAUCAUCCCUUACGAAAUCCAAUUGUGAACAUGUUACCGAAGAUUUUACCUGCAACUUCAAAUCCAAAAGCUUUAAAUACUAAAAAAAAUGAUACUUUGGAUAAAAGGACAUCUACAUUUAACGACGAUAACAGUGACAAAGAAAUAUUUGAUAAUAAUGUACAAACUACUGGGGAACAGACAGAAACAAACAAAGCAUUUAAAAAUUUUUGCAACACCUUAAAGAUAAAUGCUGAAGAAAUAAAAUCAACACAAUCAGAUAAAUUACAAGAUAAAAAUAAUACUAUAUUAACAAGAAAUUCGAAAGUACCUGACAAUUCGCCACGAAUAUCACCAGGACUACGCAAAACUACACCUCGAUUAGCAAAAACAAGAAGUGCCCAAAAUAUGAAAUUAAUGGCACAAGUUUUGGGUUCAAAGAGUUCGUCCAGUUGUAGUAAUUUAAAGUCUAAAGAAAAAGACAAUGUAGACAAAACCGCCAGUGACAAUAGCACCGUGUCCAAAGUUGAUAACGAAGAAGAAAUAGCGGAAUUAAUGUUAGCCAGUACUACAAUAAUAAAAGAUUCCGUGAGUAGGAAGAAGGCUAAACAAACUAGAGAAUUAGAAAUUAUAAAAAGAUUAAUAAAAGCUGAAAACCCAUUGACCGAAGAAGAACGUGAAACUAAAUUUGCAGCGUCGUAUCUUCAGAAACUGCUCUUGAUAUUGGAAUCUAAUAAUCCAGAAACAUUUAGAGCUGUGAUAAAAUUAUAUUUAGAUUACAGUGACAAAUUGGAAAAUAUCAACCAAACAGUUAUCGACUCACCAUUUCUGGAAGAAUUGCACUCAUCACCAAAUAAGGAAACAUUACAAAACAGUGCAAUUCAGAAAGACAUAUUAACAGUGAAAUUAUAUGAAGAUAUUUGUAAAAAAUUGCAGGAUUACCCGGAAAUGUGUACAGAUUUUUUAUUGUUCUUAAAACCGCAUCAAGCUGCGAUGAUUGACAAAUCCGUGGAAUAUAUGAUGUUACAAAAAAUGAACGAUUUUGUUCGCGUCGCGCAAAUAUAUUUUACUAAACAACCGUCCCGAAUAGCAAAGAUGAUGCAGGCUAUUACACAGCUUUCGUCUGAUCCACAUACAACUUUAGAAAAAGUCCAUACUAUUAUGAGUUCAGUUUUCAAAGGUCAUCCACUCGUUAUGGAUUUAUUCUUGCAAAUCUUGCCUACUGCAAAACCUCCUGAAAGCUUAUUUGCACCCCAUAUGUUUGAAAACCUGACGUGUCCAUUAGCACCUUGUGAUAAAAAUGUAACUUCCACUGAAAACGCACCAGAGCUAUAUGAGAAUAUAGAAUUGCCUGUGGCAGCGUGUCAAGAAGAUCCAUACGGUGGAGAACAUUGUAAGUGCGAUUGCCAUAACACGGAUGAUCCGAGUCUUAAAAACAAUUUGGAACAUUGUGUUUCCUGCGGCACACGGUUUCUUAACGGGAGAAUUUAUCUUCAAACACCUGAGGGAUUACGACCCGCAAAAAUUACAUUCCCUGGAGAAGAUCAGGAAAAAUUGGAAAAUAUCGCGCGUGUGUCGUUAAAAACUGCCGAUAAAGUCAUCCCACCAGUUUCAUCUAAAAAGCGACGAAAAACACCAAAGAAUGAUUCUAGUCACGAUGAUGUUUGUCAGAAACAAUGCGCUGCGAAAUACUUACCAUUGAAGGAUAACGAGGAUAACGAAAAAACAGAAACGAAACCUAAGAAAGAUGCCAAAUUCACACUCAAAACUACAAAUCAAAGAAAAGUUUUGAAAAGAAUGGGCACUAUGGAUCACGUAAUCACGGAUAAGAAGAUGCGUAUGCUCCAGUGCAAAAAUAAGGGAGAAAAGAAGACUGAAGAAAGUGAUAUUUUAUUAGAACGCAAUGAGUUUGGUACCAUUGAACAGGAGAAAAUCAAUGAAUGUAUAGGAACAGAAGCCAAUACUUGUACACAAUUAUCCAUACAAAAUAAUUCGUCAAGUACUAAAGUAAUUACACAAGGUAUUCCAAGUACAAGUAAAAGUACUGAAUAUAGUUUAAGUAAUAAAGACACAGCUGUAGAAACAGUAAUUCUAACAACUUCAGUCAAAGAUGAUACACAGUCAAAGUCUGAUUCAACAAACAUUAAACCAUGGACACGUCAGGAAGAUAUGGUCCUGCUGCAAAGUAUCAAAAAAGAAUAUUCUGAAAACUCAUUUCUGUUGAUUAGUGAAAAAUUAGAAAAUCGUACUGUGGAACAGGUGAAAGAGAGAUGCCAAACUUUGCUUUCCUUGCUGCAAAAAAUGAUGUAAAUAUCUACUUGUAUAUAUUAUUAAAAUGUAAAUAAUGUUAUAUACAUACAUACAUACAUACAUACAUGUGUGUGUGUGUUAGUAUUAUCACGUAUAUGUAGGUAUUAUCAAUAUACUUGGUAAUUGAUCUGUUCUGUAAUUAAUGGUACAACUAUAAAGGGGAUGAUUAUAAACCGUGAAAUAAAAAAUAUAUAAAAUAUCUUAUUGAUGCAAGGUUUUGUUUUAAAUCUUGUAUCAAUAAAAAAAAUUAUAUAUAUAUAAAACUAAAUAUUUUCAUCUAAUACGUGAAUACUGAUCAUGAUUAUACCAUUAGUUACAGGAAGUUUUAUAUUUAAUGUGAUUUCUGACUAUAGUCUUAUCUCUAAUAGCAUAGAUAUCCAGAGGACAUCCAGAGUAUAUCUUGAGGAAAUCCUGAGGACAUUCUUCAUCCUCAGGACGUCCUUAGGACGUCCUCAGGAGAUUUUAUGUUGUCUCGGAUAUUAUCUAAAAAUAUAAUAAAUUUCAAUUGAUUUG